AUGGCUUUGGUUAUGGAACCUAUAAGUAAAUGGACACCAAAGCAGGUGCUGGACUGGAUGAAAGGUCUGGAUGACUGUCUCCAGCAGUACAUCAAGAGUUUCGAGCGGGAGCAGAUGGGGGGAGAGCAGCUGCUUCACAUCACCCAUCAGGAGCUGGAGGAGCUGGGUGUCACCAGGAUAGGACAUCAGGAGCUCAUCCUUGAAGCAGUUGAUCUCCUCUGUGCCCUGAACUAUGGCCUAGAGACUGAGAACCUCCGGACUCUAUCCCAUAAGCUCAACGCCUCAGCAAAGAACCUCCAAAACUUCAUCCUCGGCAGACGGAGGGGCGGCCAUUAUGAUGGGCGAGCUUCCCGAAGGCUACCCAAUGAUUUUCUCACUUCAGUGGUGGAUCUAAUUGGUGCAGCCAAGAACCUGCUAGCUUGGCUUGACAGGUCUCCAUUUGCCAGUGUGACAGAGUAUUCAUUACUGAAGAACAACAUUGUGCAGCUCUGCCUAGAAUUAACCACCAUUGUACAACAGGAUUGCACGGUGUACGAGACGGAGAAUAAAAUUCUUCACGUGUGUAAGACCUUAGCAGGGAUAUGCGACCACAUCAUUUCUCUGUCGUCUGACUCUCUGGUUUCUCAGUCUGCCCAUCUGGAGGUGGUCCACCUUACCAGCAUCAUGCCAAAUGAAGGCCUGGGGAUGUAUAUAAAAUCAACAUAUGAUGGACUCCACGUUAUCACCGGAACCACAGAGAAUUCUCCAGCAGAUCAGUGUAAGAAGAUCCAUCCAGGGGAUGAGGUGAUCCAAGUCAACCACCAGACAGUGGUGGGCUGGCAGCUGAAGAACCUGGUGAAUGCUCUAAGAGAGGACCCAUGUGGAGUCAUCCUCACGCUGAAGAAAAGGCCCCAGAACACCCUGAGCUCCACCCCAGCGCUGCUCAGGAACGUCCGCUGGAAACCACUGGGCCUGCAGCCGGUCCCCACCAGCCCCACCAGCACCUCCCCCACACCCGGUGGAACUUUGGGCAUGUCCAAAAUGGAUGCCCCCAGCAUGCAGGAUGUCUACAUCCUCUCCCCCGUCUCCGGACUCUAUAGCACCAGAGAGGAGAUGGGUCUGAUGUCAUGUGAUGACAUCAGCCGCUACAGCGUUAGCUCCCAGUCUGGCUCUAAAGGCUCAGAGGCAAUCAGUUACUACCUGGACCAGGACAGCGGUCAGUACUUCUCCCUGCUGGAAGGAGAUGGACCGCCGGGACCUGACUAUGACAGGGGCCGCAAUACCGGGGUUCGUCGACGAGACAAGACCCCUACCCAUGGUGACCUCAGACCCGUUUCCAUGCCUCCCGAAUAUAACUGGAUGGCCGAGGCCAAGGAACCCAGCAUGGGCAAAAGAGGGAGCCGAGAUUCAGACAACUCCCUCCUGCGCUACCUUAGUGAUGACAAGAUCCUGGUGAUCGAGGAAGAACCCGAGGGUCCGGGUAGAGAAAGCCGGCGGGACUCCACCAGACGUUCACGACGUAAGAGCCGCAAUCCCAGCAGCCCUAGCUUUCCCAUCAGCCCCUCCAUGCUGUCCUCCACCCUGCGCCUAGACCAGCCACCUGAAGCUUUGCCUCGAGGUGCAGACACACUGAGGGCAGACACAACAGACAGGUACUCUGGCUCAGGAAGCUCAGGAGCCGCCUCCAUGAGGAAGUCUUUCCAUUACACCUCUCUAAGAACGAAAACCAAAAAGAGAAGUAAAGGUUCCCUCACCAGUGCCAGUCGAAGGAGAAUCUCCUGUAAGGACCUGGGCCAUGGCGACUGUGAGGGCUGGCUAUGGAAAAAGAAGGACGCUAAAGGCUACUUCACCCAAAAAUGGAGGAAGUACUGGUUUAUCCUCAAAGAGUCGUGUCUCUACUGGUACACCAACCAAAAUGAUGAGAAGGCUGAGGGCUUCAUCAGCCUCCCCGAGUUCAGAAUAGACCGAGCCAUAGAGUGCAGACGGAAAUUUGCCUUCAAAGCCUGUCAUCCGAAAAUCAAGAGCUUCUUCUUCGCCACAGAUUGUCUUGAGGAAAUGAACAGGUGGAUGAACCGGCUGGGGCUAGCUGCUAUCGGAUACACACCAGAUGAUAAGGUGCCUCGCCCCGAUGAAGAUUACUGGAGCGAGAGUGAUCAAGAUGAGGUCGAUGGCUCCAUGACACUCAAACAGGAGGGACCCUCAUCCCUCUGUGAUACUUACCAUCGCACACCAUCAGUUAACCUCCUUCACAGUUAUGACCAGUUGCCCCGUUCAGUGAGCUCCAUGAGCCUCAUGCGCUCCACUCCAUCCCCACUCCCUCCACCAAUGAGUGCCUCCACCUCCCCCAUUCCUCCACAGAUGGUCUCUUCCACCUCCCCUCUCCCUCCACAGGUUAAUUCUUCUAGCCCCUUCCCUGAGCCUAAGCACGGUCGACAUUUCUCCAGCGAGUCCACACACUCCCACUCCUCAGCCGAGGACCAGCGUGGAGAUGGGAUGGGCAUGGGCACGGGCACAGGGAGCACCAGUACCCACUCAUCUGGCUGCCGCUCCUCCCAUCGUGAACGCCGCUCCUGGCAGGACCUCAUUGAGACGCCUCUGACCAGCGCAGGGCUGCACUUCCUCCAGACAGCGCCAGGGGAGAGUGAGUAUGGCGGCUUAAUGGGGAGCAUGGCUGGAGAAAUGGGAUUCUACGGAGGGCUGGGCAGACAAGGCAUGUCCCCAGAGAGACGCAGGCAGGCCACGCUGCCCGUACGGAGACACCACGCCGCAGAGAGGGACAGAGAACGGGACGGGCCCUUCCCUCUGGAGCGGGGGCCAUACACACACAGCCACACGCACAGACGCUCCCACAAGCAGCGGAGCCAGAGUCUGCCCAGGAACAGAGACCCGAUGCCAGGAAAGCUGUUACACACCUCUGCUCAUAUGGAGGAGAGGAGUGAAGAUGAGGAGGCAGAGGAGCAGGCCGCAGAUAUGCUUGAGGGUGAGGAGGAUCUGCGGGAGCUGAGAGUGGAGAGCAGAGAGAGGAGAGUGUCAGAGGGGAGGGAGCGGAGAGUGUCAGAGUGCCGCGAGCCCGAGCCACUAGAUGGGCUAGAGCAGUUGUAUCGGGCCCUGGAGCAAGCCAACGUGACGGCCUUAGGAGACCCUAGACCAUGUAGCAGGCAGGAGCUCCGACGCUGCUUCACCCAGAGAGCCAGGGACCCCCUGCUCAACGACAGGCUGCACCGGGUCCGAGCACUCCGUAGCACCUUGAAGGCCAAAGAGUCGGAACUAGCAGUAAUCUGUUCCCUCCUGGAGGACCCUGGCCUGUGCUCCCAGACCUUCAGAGAAUGGAAGCAGUGGCACAGCGAGCUCUACUCAGACAUCUGCCAGCUCAGCCCCGGCACCAACGGCCAGGACGACCUCUCCCCGCUGGCCGCCCCUCUCAUGACCCACACACACUCCUUCAUCGAGACACACGUGUGAGAAAGAGAUGAGAAGCAAAGACUGAACUGAUGCACACACACACACACACACACACAUACACACACACACACACACAGGAUCACAGAGCUUUACAUUAGCCGACCCCUCUCUCCUGGUCACGACUCUGAGCAUGCACUCACACAAACACACACACAUACAUGCACACACAUUGUAAGAUGUGUAAAUAUCAUAGAGGGAACCGUCUGAGACCUGCGCGUAUGAACUUUUGAUAAUCCCAAGGACCCCACAGGGUGCCUAUUGCAUGCCUGAACAGAAAGCAUUAAUCUUCCUUUGUCUAUGGAUCUCAGCAUAAAUGCCACACGCUUGUCAAGCAAAACGGGAAAAAAGGAGACUUUUUAACACAUUUGUUCCUUUGUAUUCUCUUGGGUUUCUUUUUUUUUCUAUUUUGCUUUAUUUUAGGGGUAAGGGGGAGCUAUGUAGCAGCAAUACAGAGGAAAACCCUUUUCACCACAGCACUGUACUUUUGUACUGAUGAACUUUGCACCCAGAGCCACCAGUUCUCCCCCUUUCUCUCUCUCUCUCUCUCUCUCUCUUUUUUUUUUUUCUUUUCGAGUUACAGGGACCUCACUGUUAUUUCAGCCUGAUCUCACGGGACAGUGUGGGGAAAGUAAGGGCAGCAACUUCGGUGUAAGACUGUGAGAGGUAGCCAGCGAUGUUGGUUUAUCCGUUCCAAAAGCGAGCAUUGAGAAGCCUUUUGCGCCGGCAGGAUGCGCACUAUUUCAAACUGUGAAGUGUGAAGUGUUCAGAAAUCCCCCAGUUUCAUCUGCGGAAGGAGGCUCCUCUGAAAGAGUACAGUUCUGUUUGCAUCCUCUCUUCCUCUUGUUUCUCUCCAUCACCUUCUCUUUUCUUAAUUACUUCUCUCUCUAGUCCUCAAAGACUUGUGUAUAUGUGUAUACUGCUGUGUAUACUGAUGUAAAUGUUUGCGUUCCACUACCACUGUGAUAGGCUUCUAGAGGUAGCGGAGGGAAGACGGAGAGGAUGUAUUUGUGUGGGUGCAAAACAACUUUUUUUUUUUUUUUUUGGUUUGUUUUUUCUUGUUGUUUUUUUCCUUAAACAGUGAAUGCAAGAGCUAGAGAGUUCUUUUCAGUCACUCACUACAACGAAUGCACUUUCUAUAUCUCUAUAUCUCAUCGGCUGCAUCACAGGGUCUACGUGUCAUCGGCCUCAUUACCAUUGCUGUUCGAAUAUCAGGUAAAAGCAUUUGCCGUCUCAUUUUCUAAAGAUUUGUGUACAGUCUACAAAUAUAUUUAAACAUAGAAAAAAUAUAUAAAAUCUAUUUACGUUUUGUGUCAUAGAUAUAAUGUAAAGUAUGAUGUAUUCUAUGCCAAGGUUCUGCAGUGUCCCCCUCUUCACUCUGUAGAUGCAGGGUGUUUAGCAGUUGAACAAAUAGGAGGUGAACGACAACAGCCGCCGUCACUGACAGCUGAUUGACAGUCUUUACUGGUUUACAUCACGGCUGACCAUUCUCUGGGUGGUGUGUUGCAUGAGAAAAAAGGCCUGGGGCUGAUUUGAAUGGACAGGGCAAAAUACUGUGGAUCAUUUGUGUUCCUUUUUUUUUUUUUUUUCUCCUCUUCUUCUUCUUGUUCCUUCUCACGAUUGCCUGUAGCGCAUGAUUCAUGCAAAGGUACGGUUGAAAGGUGACUUUGUAUUCAUGUGGUUAUAGGUUUCGAGUCUUUUUUUUCUCUCCAUUCAACAGCAUUUGAAGACACAUACUGUACCGUAACAAUUAAAGGAGGCGUUUUUUUUUUAAGUAAUUCACAUCCUCCUUUGACAUCCAAACAGGAGGUUUCAAUUUGAUGUUUGGUUUACUUAGAAGACUUGACACGUGCCCCCAAAAGCUUCUGACACCUCACCCGAGAGACAUCACUGCAGUUGCUUCCAAAAUGAAAGCUAAUUUGACAUUCCCUCCAAGCAUACAGUUGAUAUCAUAACCUCUGCACUAAAUGGUCUGUGAUGUCUGUGAAACUUGGAUGAAUCAUUUUCAUCCGCAAUAUCAGGCCAAGGACUCAACGGUGCCCCCUAGUGUCGAGGACUCUGAGAGACGUGUAGCACCUGCUGCAUCCAGCACUGUCUUUACUUAAUUCUUCAUUUUUUACUGUUGUUCUUGUGCGGGUUUUUUUUUUUUAUCAUGUCACACUGUAGUGAAAUAUCAAACAUACCCCAGAGAUAUAGCUUAUGUCUUUUUUUCCUUUUGUUUAGUUUUUUUAAUGAUUCAUUUGAGAGUAACACAAAGAAACUCAAUGAUGCAAGCACUUUCCCUGUGCCUCCCAAUCCUCUCUUUGGCAACGAAGGACUGACUAUACCGGUGUUUCCACACACACACACACACACACACACACACACACACACACACACACACACACACACACACACGCACACACGCAGCUGUAGAAGAGUUACAAUACAGUUUUAGUCUGCAGACCUCUCUCUGUUUGUCAUCUGUAGUGUUGGUCUUCUUUCUCCAACCGCUGCUCCGCCGAGCAGGUGACAUACUGUAGAUUAAGGAGUUCUGAGAGUUUUCAUUUGUAGGCACUGACUGUGUUAUUCCUCCCAAAUCUUUGUGUGUGUAAACCUGCAGAAACAGGCCGAAAAGGGAGAUUCCACUGUGUGUUCUUUCAGGGGUGUACACCUCAUGGUACAUUGCACAGGUGUGUAAGAUGUAAGUUGCACUGCGACAUUAAAAAAAGGAACAUAUUGCUCUUUUUCAAGGAUAAUAUUAGCUUACUGUUAUUCUGUACAUUAAACUGACUAAAGAUGAUAUUAAAGAAGAAAGAAAAUGACAUUUAUUCUUCCUAAAGUAGCCUUUUUUGGUUUCAUAUAU